AUGUUAUCGCCGAAUACACGAGUAUCGACAUCCGCUUCCCCCUCAGGUCCUUCGGCCAAUGGCGGAAAGCGCAAGAGGAAGGCGUUCUCCUGCUAUGAAUGCAGGCGGCGUAAGUUGAAAUGCGACCGUGGCUAUCCGUCAUGCAGCAGAUGUCGAAAGGCCAAACAAGCAGAAAUCUGCAUUUAUGACACACCUCCAUCUUUGUCUAACCAGUCCGAGCAGCUGAUCUCGUUGGUCAAGACGGCAAAUGCGCCUACUCAAGAGGACUCCCCUAGACGGACUGACACGGUCGGAAACAUAGCCUCAAACUUGGAAGUUGAUCAAAAUAAAGGCACAUGGCAACUACUUGGUCAAGAAUCUUCGGUUACCGUAUUUGAUGCAGAGCGCCCGGCUGUAAAAGCAGAUAGUGCUGGGCUUCCUAAUCUUCCACGUGCGCAAGACUCCAUAAGGACAGUCAUAUUUCGCGGCGAGAAUUUCAAAACACAGUAUUAUGGCGGCAGUAAUCCUGCUAGUUUGAUUGGACAUUUUCCCGAGCUUCGAUCCUUCAUGAAAGAGACCAUCAUGCAUCAAUCAUCUCUUUGGAGGGUUCAAGUUGACCUAAAGGACCUACAAAAAAAGUGGAAGAUUGAAAGAACUUCCAUCUUAUCAUUAACCACUAUGGAACUAAUAGAUUUACUUCCAGAUCGAGAGGAAAUGGACCAACUUGUUCGUCUCUAUCUUGACACCUUCGAAGACGUUUAUAGAAUCCUCCAUAUACCUAGCUUCGAAAAGGAAUACACUGGAAUCCUGCAAGAGCCACUAUCUUCGAGGCCUGCAUCAGUGGUGAUCAUCUUAUUGAUGAUGGCAUCUGUUAGCUGCCUAUCUCGGAGUGAUCAAAUUAGAUAUAUUGGAGAUAGCUCCAUCGCUCGAGAACGUGCCACGCUGUGGAUUGAGGUAUGCGAGUUGUGGCUGAAGUGUCAGAGCCAAAAGAAUAUUUAUCUCGCCAUAUGGCAAGUUCGUUGCCUGUUGGUUUUAGCCAAGCAAGCCAAUACAGUUAAGAAAAAGCGUCUUUGGACCGAGGCGGGUGCGCUGGUGAGGGAGGCAAUGGCUGCGGGAUUUCAUCGCGAUCCUGGCCUUCUUGGGGAAAGAGUAUCCCUUUUUGAUCGAGAAAUGAGACGUCGGCUAUGGGCAACAAUGACUGAGCUCGAACUGCAGAGUUCUAUUGACCGCGGAAUGUCCUCCGUGUCAGCUGGAAUCUUCACUGACACGAAAAAUGUCCUGAAUAUUGAAGACCAAAAUUUAUCUGAAGAAAUCGAGGACCAGGAAUCACCAAAGUCUACCUUUGGAUAUACACCGACGUCAUUCCUGCGACUAUCAAAUCUGAGUUUCCCUCUGCGAGUCUCGUUGAACUCUAUUGUGAACGAUUUGGGCUCACCCUUGAAAUACGAGGAUGUUCUUAACUACGAAGAGUUGAUAAUAAACGAGAUCAAAAAACUUCCACCCCAGGAAGAAGUGCAGCCGGAUAAAAAAGGUCUCUCCUUGGUGGCCCGAACCCUCCUUGAUAUUCAACUUCGACAAUUUUUGAUUCUCCUGCAUGGUCCAUUUGCGCGACAAACAGAAAGAACAUCUCGCCACUCACUUUCUAGGAUGGUUUGUUUUGAUGCAGCGGCGAGUAUUUUGGACCAGUAUGCAAAACUUAAUGAGUUAGGUAAUUAUGCUCUACUAUUACUUCGACAUGACUACUUUCGAGCAGCGCUCGUUAUCUGCCAAAACUCGUACAUUUCCAUUAGCCUUCGACGUGAGUGGACAUACGAUUUUCAAACAUUAACAAAGCUCAUACUCUCAACAGAGGAUGUUCUUUUGAAUUCCAACAUCUCCGUUUUUCUUCAAUACAUCGACAGCGCUCUCAAUAUGCUCCAAGAUAGAAUCGUCCAACUUGGAACGGGCUAUACACAUUAUUGGUAUAUAUCUGCCGGUUUUGCUUUACUUCGAUCAGCGAUGUCGCCUGAUCGGUCGAGUUUAGAGAACCAGCAAGCAAUAGAUCGAGUGGCAAGGCAGUAUUACCGCGUCUUGGCCUCGCAAGAGGAUAUUAAGCUUGCUAAAGAGAAUAUCAUUGGCAUUUCACUCAACAAGGCAAAUUCAAUGGGCACUCAGUCUCAUAACGCGGCCCACACGAUGCACCCCUUUGAAUCAUCACUCACUGAUUCGACAACACUAAAU